UCGUUACUGAAAUCAGUUGAAGUCCAUAAUGAUCUCCUUUCUAAUGACAGGUAAAUAUUAACCCAGCUGUGCCUGGUGUUUUAUUGAUCUUGGACUUUGCUGGUUAUAAAGUGCAGCUUUAUUGAUGGGAGAAAUACAAUUCCCUUUAUGUUCUUUUACUUAGUGCACACUCACGCCCCCUAGAGUUCUAUCAUCUUUUCCUUACCAAUUCAAAUUCCUGGCCACCUCUUAACUCCUUUAUUCCUUAAGAUAUAAUAUUUUUAUUUGUCUCCUGUAUCACUGAAUUAGUCUUUACAUUUGUUUAAUUUCAAAGACAACUUCCACCUUAGUUUUGAUUUUGAUCUUGCAUGUUCCUAUCCUUUUGCAGGGGGAAAAAAAAAAUCACGAGAUAAUUCUAAGUUUUCAAGAUUCAAGUUUGAUUGUUUAAUGUCAUUUCCAGGAUAGGAAUGUAAAGGAGAACAAACUAAUUGUUAUUUCAGAUUUGAUGCAGAACAAAUAAAACACAAUAUAGAUAUAUACAACAUUAAUUAUAUGUACCGUACAUAGAGUGAUGCUAGGUACAGGAGUGUCUGUACAUGAAGUGACUGAGGGGACAGGUUGAUGUUGUGGUGUAGGGGUUGCUGUGGGGCAGGUUUGUGGGUGGAGGUGUUGAUCACCUUUCCUACUUGGGGAACGCAUCUGGUAGUCCUGGCAGGGACGCAAUGUCGCUUCCUCCCUGAUGGGAGUGGGACAUACAGUCCAUGAGCAGGCUGGGUGGGAUCCUUCAUGAUCUAGCUGCCAUUUUUAUGGUAACUUUCUGCACACCCUGUAUAUCCGUGAUGGCAGGUAAGCUGGUGCUCUGGGCAGUUCUGUCCGCCCUUUGCAAAGCCUUCCUGCCCACCACAGUGCAGUUUCCACACUAUGUGGUGAUGCAGCAUGUUAGAAUACCCUCUACCAUGCAUCUGUAAGUUCAUUAAAUUCACCUGCAAUACUGCAAUACUGCAUCUCCAAUGCAAUUAAAAGGAAUAUUUUUAAAUCAUAGACUUGAAAAAAAUAUAGAUUCUGCUGAAUGGAUUGGUCAUGAGUUUGACAGUUGAAGUUCAAGGUCCUUUUAGAACUAACUAAGAGGCAGCUUAGUUAUCACAUCACUAACUGGAGCACAGGCGGUUUUGACAGAAUUUACUUUAGCGACAAUAUUUAAAUGACAAGUUCGAAUUUGAAAAUCCCUUUGUGACAGUGAAGUGAUUAAUCAGAUGUGUACGUCUGCCAGACUUGUUUUAUAUAAUGAGCCACAACAUCUUCAAUCACCCUUAAUUUUCACCCACUUAGUCAAUUAUAUGUCCAACUUAUAAUAUCUAUUGUCAAAUAUUCAUUUUUGGUUAAUUUAAUCAGUACAAAUCUAUAAAUACUGUAAUGAUGAAGUUAUAAUCUCAACUCUAGUCCCAGUGGUAUUGAAGUGAAGAAAGGAAAUAUUAUCUAGAAUAACAGAAAAAACUAGAUAGCUAAUUUUAAUCAAACAAGCUCCUCUCUGGAAAGAAAUCUUAAUCUUGCUGAUCAAAUGAUAAAGUAAAAAAAAAUUAAACAAAAUAUUAAGCAGAAUAUUAAUAGGUUUGAAGACGAACUUUUUCAAAGUGUUCUAUUUACUAGCUGUUCAAUGAUAUAUUAGUGUCACAACUUCUUCUGGUGAAAAAUAGACCCCAGGGUAUUUCUCUAACCUCCUAAGCACUUGCACUUUCCUGCUGGCCCAGAUAGCAUUAAAUAGCAAUUAACCAUCAAAAAAAAUUUCUUCUGAACAGUUCCUCUCAAGAAAAAUGACAUAAAUAAAUAAAAGAUAUAUAAAAAGUUUACUCUGUUGUUGGAAUUGCUCAAGUAAGAUAUGCUUUAGUGCAUUCCAGAAAUGUGAAAUGCAUGUGUUUUGUUAUACAGGUUAGAAAUAUUUGAGCCCGACUAAUGUUUCUGUAACAAGGGCUCAACAUUUUGACGUGCACAUACUGUACACUCAGUGGCCACUUUAUUAGGUACACCAGUACAUCUGCUUGCUAAUGCAAAUAUCUAAUCAGCCAAUCAUAUGGUAGCAACUCAAUGCAUAAAAGCAUGUAGAUAUGGUCAAGAAGUUCAACAGUUGUUCAGGCCAAACGUUAGAAUGGGGAGGAAAUGUGAUCUAAGUGACUUUAACCGUGGAAUGAUUGUUGCUGCAUUGCAGGGUGGUUUGAGUGUCUCAGAAACUGCUGAUCUCCUGGGAUUCCCACACAAAACAGUCUCUAGUGUUUACAGUGAAUAGUAUAAAAAGCCACAAAUAACAUCCAGUGAGCAGCAGUUCUGUGGGUGAAAACGCCCUGUUAAUGGGAGGUGAGAGAAUGGCCAGACUAGUGCAAUCUCUGAACGUCAAACGUCAAAGUGAAUGGGCUACAGGAGCAGAUGACCAUGAGGAUAAAUAAAUAAGACAUUCCUACUCAUAUGUUGCCUUAGGGUAGUGCACUCAAUGGCCACAGAGUACAUCUGAUUAUUAGCAUAUCAUGCACUAACUUAAAUUUCAUAGCUAAUUUAUAUAUUCCCACGCCCGAAGAGCAAGUUGUUUUUAUAUUAGUUAUGUUCCACUCUUAUUGAAAUCGGAUUUUGUAUGUGGUGAUUUAACAUAGAUUUUGGGGAUUGUUGAGUAGUUAUUUUAGCAUUGACCAGCAGAGGGCAUAGGAGCUGAACUUUAACAAUCGCCGCACUACCUACUAGUCUUAACUUCGCAAGAAUUGCAACGAGUAAAAUCAUUUGGAUUCCAGAACACAAAAGAAAGCAUUGAUUCAAACAACUUUCAGGAAGAAAAGAGUCGUCUCUAUACUUUUAGCUGAUAAAAUAUUUAUAGUAGCGAAGUUGGUCGUGGAGUUUAUUCCGUUUCCCACAACAGCAAUCUCAGCAGUACCAUUUUUAAACCAAACUAAACAUUAUUCAUAUUAAAAAUAUAAGAUUAAAUCGUGCAACGCUUCUUCAUUCUUCCUGUACAAUGUGUUUAGUCCUAGAUUACGUUGUUUAAAACCAAUAGCGCCAUUGCUACACACGUGGAGCCCUAGAACGAUACAUUAGAGCGGCUUCCUCACCCAACUCAACCCCUCAGGGUCCAUUGUUGGAAGAAUCCUGUACUGUUGCCCUCCCGCCCAGCCUCAUUCCAUUAAUUUCAUUAAAGGGGUUUAGCCAAACCCUUUUGAAGACACUGAGGAAUCUAAGUACCAUCUGAACAGGGAGUGAAUUUCACAUCAAAAUUACUGACAGGCUGCCUUUAAUCGCCGAUCCUCUAGCCUUGUGGCGGUGUGACGUUGAUGCUGGAAGCACCGGCUUGGAAUUACUGGGUACCCAUGGAAGACGCUAUGGACAAAUUCGAUGAUAUGGCUUCUGUGAGCGACUUUGACCCGAUCCAGGGCAGCAUCCCGGCGACUAAAGUGGAGAUUACCGUGUCCUGCAGGAGUCUACUGGAUAAAGAUACAUUCUCAAAAUCUGACCCAUUAUGUGUUCUGUAUGUGCAAGGGAUUGAGACCAUACAGUGGAGGGAGUUUGGAAGAACAGAAGUGAUCGACAAUACCUUAAACCCUGACUUUGUACGGAAGUUCAUCCUAGAUUACUUUUUUGAAGAGCGGCAAAAUCUCCGAUUUGAUUUGUACGAUGUUGAUUCAAAAAGCCUGGACUUAUCUAAACAUGACUUCCUGGGUCAGAUGUUCUGCACCUUGGGGGAAAUUGUAGGCUCACCAGGGAGUCGACUGGAGAAACCAUUAACUGGAAUCCCAGGAAAGAAAUGUGGAGCAAUUAUUCUCUCAGCUGAAGAACUUGGCAAUUGUCGGGAUGUUACAACUAUGCAAUUCUGUGCCAAUAAACUGGACAAGAAAGAUUUUUUUGGAAAGUCAGAUCCUUUCAUGGUCUUUUAUCGAAGCAAUGAAGAUGGAACCUUCACAAUUUGCCAUAAAACGGAGGUGGUGAAAAAUACAUUGAAUCCCGUGUGGCAGCAGUUUUGCAUUCCUGUGCGGGCUCUCUGCAACGGUGACUACGAUAGAACAAUCAAGGUAGAGGUCUAUGACUGGGACAGGGAUGGCAGCCAUGACUUCAUUGGUGAAUUUACAACAAGCUUUCGGGAACUUGCUAGAGGACAGAGCCAAUUCAAUGUUUAUGAGGUAAUAAAUCCAAAAAAGAAAAUAAAGAAGAAGAAGUAUGUCCAUUCAGGAACUGUUACACUGCUGUCCUUUACAGUUGAAUCUGAGCAUACAUUUCUCGAUUAUAUUAAAGGCGGAACACAGAUAAAUUUUACAGUGGCUAUUGAUUUUACAGCUUCUAAUGGAAACCCAUCUCAAUCCACAUCGCUGCACUACAUGAAUCCUUACCAGAUGAAUGCCUACGCAAUGGCUUUGAAAGCGGUGGGCGAAAUCAUUCAGGACUACGACAGUGACAAGAUGUUCCCAGCAUUGGGGUUUGGUGCUAAACUCCCCCCAGAUGGAAGAGUCUCUCAUGAGUUUGCUUUGAAUGGCAACCCAGAGAACCCAUAUUGUAACGGUAUUGAAGGAAUUCUGGAAGCAUAUCAUAGGAGCCUCAAGACAGUCCAGCUUUAUGGACCAACGAACUUUGCACCCGUGAUUAAUCAUGUAGCACGAUAUGCAGCAGCAGUACAAGAUGGCUCACAGUACUUUGUUCUACUCAUUAUAACAGAUGGAGUUAUCUCAGACAUGGCACAGACUAAAGAAGCUAUUGUUAAUGCUGCUAAACUUCCUAUGUCCAUUAUAAUUGUUGGAGUUGGACAGGCAGAAUUUGAUGCUAUGGUGGAAUUGGAUGGAGAUGAUAUCAGAAUAUCUUCACGGGGGAAACUCGCAGAGAGAGAUAUUGUACAGUUUGUGCCGUUUCGAGAUUACAUUGACCGCACAGGAAAUCACGUGCUUAGCAUGGCACGACUGGCUAAGGACGUUCUAGCUGAGAUCCCAGACCAAUUUAUCUCCUACAUGAAAACUCGAGGCAUCAAGCCCAAUCCUGCACCACCACCAUACACACCUACUGGCCUUGGUCUUCAUACACAGAUCUGACAGACCCCAUUUCCAGGAUACUUAGACUUGCCAAGAGUGGCUUGUGAUGUUUAAUAUGUUGGCUACUCUUUUGCUGUAGUCAGAUGCCAC